AUGGCAUAUUCUUCGACAUUGGUUGUGUCCGCUGCGGCCGAAGGUAGUGCCAAACUUGCUAGCCACCGUGUUGGUGACCGUUCCACGUGUUCUCAUUGUGGUCGAAUUGGUCAUGUUGCUGCUACUUGUUUUGAGAUUAUUGGGUAUCCGGAAUGGUUCGAUUCUAGUGGUGGUCGUGCUUGUAAUUUUGGUGGUGGCCGAUGUCGUGGAGCUCGCGGCAAGAGUGGUGCUCGAGCAAAUGCGGCUUUCUCUAGUGUAAUAUUACUAAGAAUAAUAAUCAUCAUCGUCCCUUUCCCCGCCGCCUCCGCCGCCGACCGGUGCAACCAUACGUGCGACGGCCGCACCGUCCCCUUCCCCUUCGGCUUCUCCGCCGCCUGCCCGAUCCGCCUCGACUGCGCCCCCGGCGGCGCCGUCCUCGCCGCCGGCCUCCCCGUCCAGUCAAUCAACGGCGACACCCUAUCGCUCGGCCUCCGGGCGGCCUGCCGCCGCCCCGUCGAGGCGCUCCGCAGCCUCUUCACCGAAAACUUUGCCCCGACGGCGACAAACGCGAUCCUCCUCCGCGAGUGCCGGAACCGGACCACCGGCGCCGAUUGCUUCAUGCCGCGGACGGCGGUGCAGACGCACUUCGAGCUGGCGGACUGCGACGGUCCCGCCGUCUCCUGCUACGCGGACCCGCCGAACCGGACGGCGUUCAUGGACUACCGGAGGAUGGCCAGUAGCGGUUGCCGGUGGCUGUUCUCCGCGAUCUCGAUGGGUGCGCUGGCGAACGACUCGGCGGUGUCGCUGGACGUGGAGGUGGUGAGGGUCGGGUGGUGGCUGCGCGGUGGCUGCCGGUGCUCGGAGCACGCGAGGUGCGUCCACGUGUCGCCGCCGGAGGAGGGGAGUGGGGCGGCGUACAGGUGCGAGUGUUUGGAAGGGUUUACCGGCGAUGGGUUCCGCGACGGCUUGGGCUGCCGGCAAGGUAAAGCUUUAGCUUCUCAUGGAAUUUUCUAG